AAUCUAUAUUUCUGUUGCAGGUUGUGAUUGAGCUCCCAUAUGUACUUGGACAGGCUGCAGUCUAUAGCAUUAUAAUUUAUGCAAUGAUUGGUUAUGAAUGGAGUGUGGCUAAAUUUUUCUGGUUUCUAUUCUUCAUGUACUUUUCCUUCCUGUGUUUCACCUACUAUGGAAUGAUGGCAGUGGCAAUGACCCCAAACCAACACAUCUCCACUAUAAUUUCAGCUGGGUUUUAUUCAGUGUGGAAUAUCUUCUCAGGAUUCAUAGUUCCACGGCCAAGGAUCCCAGUAUGGUGGAGGUGGUACAGUUGGGCAAAUCCAAUUUCUUGGAGUUUGUAUGGAUUGGUGGCUUCACCAUAUGGAGAUAUAAAGCAAACCAUUGAAUCCAAUGCUGGGACAACAACAGUGGAAGGCUUUGUGAGAAGUUACUUUGCGUUCAGGCAUGAUUUUCUUGGAGUGGUUGCUGCUGUGAUGGUUGCAUUCGCAGUAGUUUUUGCAUUGGUCUUUGCUGUAUCAGUGAAGAUGUUUAAUUUCCAGCGGCGUUAGGAAACCAUUCCAGUAUUUUGUAUAGAAAUGUUGAAUGUAACAUUUGUAAGAAAAUAUCAUAGUUUAGUGUA